AUGCACGGAAAUAAUUUAUAUAAAGUCAAUCAUCGUUAUAAUCAAAAUAAUACACCAAUAAUAACUACAAAUGAUCGACCAUCGGUAAAAUCUUAUCGUGAACAAAUUGAAACAAUGUUAACACGAUGGCAUAAAUGGCAAAAAGACAAACAUCCUCAAUGUCAACCGAUUAAUUUCGAUGAAAUUAUGGAAACUGAUCUAGCACGACAACUUCAACAAUUAGAACAAGAAGAAGAAAAACAAUAUAAUCUAUUGGAACAAGCACUUGAUGAUGAUACAAUUUUACAACAAUUAAAAGAAUAUCGACAAAAAACUAAUUCUAAGAAUUAUGAUAUAAAGGAAGAAUAUGUUCAUAUUCAUCAAGAGAAACAAACAUUACAAAUACAAUUAACAAUUAUAAAAGAAAAUCAAAUGAAAAUAAGCAAAAUUGAACAUCUACUUGAAUCAUGUACAAAGAUGAAAAAGAUAUUUAUUACACAGAAAUCGACAACAAAAUAA